UCGGCUAACGAGGAUGGAAGCGGAGAAGAUGGACGAGAAUGAAUGGCGUUACCACGGCGAGGGCAACAAGAGCCUCGUCGUCUCGCACAGGAAGCGUUGCAUAGUCCUACGCUUCUUGAAGUUUCCCCCAAACCGAAGCAAGACACCGGAAGAGAUCUUUCACCAGCUUCAGAAUAUCGUACACUUUGGCAAGCACAUUAUGAAGCAGUUUUUUGGGGAGAAGUAUGUUCAUUAUGGGGAGGUUGUGCACCUAUCUUUGGACUUUGUAAGACAGCUUUGUUUAAAGAUCCAGGCAGAGCGGCCAGAGUCUCGCUGUGAUAAAGACAUGGAUGCUCUUAGUGGCUAUGCUAUGUGCCUUCCUAACCUCACCAGGCUACAUUUUGUUGAACAUCGACCUAUACUUUGUGUAGAGAUAAAACCCAAAUGUGGGUUCCUUCCAUUCUCCAGCCAUGUUUCGCAAGAGAUAAAACACAAAGUAUGCCGUUACUGCAUGCAUCAACAUCUAAAGGUAGCAAAAGGAAAGUGGAAGCGGCUUAGUAAAUACUGCCCACUAGAUCUCUUCUCAGGAAAUAAACAGCGAAUGCACUUUGCCUUGAGAAGCCUGUUACAAGAGGCUCAGAAUAACUUAAAAAUAUUUAAGAAUGGUGAGCUAAUUUAUGGCUGUAAAGAUAACGAGGACUCACUCUCUGACUUGAAUGAACUUGCUUGCCACCUGAAGCCUUUCUUCUUCCCUUCAAACGGCCUGGUCAGUGGGCCUCAUUGUACAAGGACGAUUCUGAAAGAAUUAAUCCAUGUAAUCACGACGACGCUGCUGAGUAGCACAGAUGACUGCAAAGCAGGGGAUAUGAAGACUGUUCCUACCUCACAAGGAAGGAGUUACUGUGAAGCCAGUGCUUUCACUAAAGAGCUUAUAAAAAACGGUAAAAAUAAAAUGGAGACCUCUGGUUUGCAAAGGGAUUGCCUGCUCUACAAAACACUUCAGGUGCAGAUGUUGGACUUGCUGGACAUUGAGGGCAUUUAUCCAUUGUACAACAGAGUAGAGCAAUACUUGGAAGAGUUUCCCAAAGAGAGGAGCACACUGCAGAUAGAUGGGCCUUAUAAUGAAUCAUUCUAUGAAAAGCUGCUAGACCUCUCAACAGACGAUGAUGGAACAGUAGAAUAUGCAUUGAGAAAGGUUCAACAGUACAGAGUCGCAAUGACAGCGAAGGACUGUUCCAUUAUGAUUGCUCUGUCACCUUGUCUGCAGGAUGAACGUUCUGAGCAGAGGCCAGUGGUUCCAACAUCAAAAUCAAGAUUCACCUUUUCACUCUCAGUCUUGGACUUAGACCUUAAGCCAUAUGAAAGCAUUCACCAUCAGUACAAACUGGAUGGGAAGAUAGUAAACUAUUAUUUGAAAAAUACACAGGCCAAAGAUGACUCUGUGAUGUCCAGUCUCUUGAAGGAGAAUGAAAACUGCACACUAGUUCUCCACAAAAUGUAACUAGCUAAAUUUUUGAGCACAGAGAGGAAAAAUUAAGUUACGUUGGUUUUCUUUUGGUUUCAUUUGUGCUUUAAACUUGUAUGCCUUUCAGAAACACAGAAUACCACUAAAUCUACCUUUUCAAUAUGUAACCUUGAAGGAAUGCAUUCAUCAUAAAACAGACAUGUGCCGUACCCUACAUCCACUGAUGAGCUGGAUACUGGGGGAGCAGAGAUGGUUUCACCAAAUGACAAUUAUGAAGCACAGAGGCGAAUGCUUUCGACUUACUACUUCAGUGCAGGGAGCCAGAGUUUGUGGGAGGUGUGCUGCUGCAUCUGUGAACAGUUAUAUGUGAGUGGACAUGUGGUGCUGCCUACAUUGCAGCUUGCACAUUAGCAGAAAU